AUGUCUGCCACUGUUCCUGCUACAGAGCAGUUGGACGUCUGUUGGCCAAUUCAUGGGUGCCGGUCAAGUGUUAGGUCGAAAGUUGAAUCGGCUAUCACCGAUUGGUCCGAGUCUGGUGGUGGCACAAUAAACGGAGCUGAUGGAACAAUAACACUUGCUGCACCACUGUCCGAGGCCUCAGGUGUGGGAGACACAGUUGUAACACUUACAGCGAACAGUGGUGGCACUGUCACGGGAUACACGGUCACCGGAACUCCAGAUGCGGCGACAAUAUCUAAUGUAGGCAUUGUAACGCUUACGACCACAGUGGAUUACGAAGCAAAUACAGAGUUGGUUCUUGUAAUCAUAGCAACAGAUGAUACCCCUGCAACCGGAACAGCUACGGUUACGGUGCCAAUUGGAGAUGUCGCCGGCCCCCCUUUUACAACAACCACAAAAGAGUUAUGCGUAGCGGAUGGUUUAGGUCCAGGAGAAUCGGUUGGUGAUGUUUCUGUUUCUGUUACCGACAGUGUCGUUACGUAUGCGGAUUCUGAUGCCACCUUUUAUGUUGAUCCAACAACUGGAGCUGUGACAACGGCUUCCGGUGUUACUCUCGACAAGGCCACAGCAGCCGAGCACACGGUCACCAUUACAGGCGCGGUCACUAACGGUGAAAGCAACGACCUUACACUGACGGUGAAAGCGAGAAGUCAGGAGUUCUUGUUUGAGAUGUCACCCAGCGUGGCGACUCCCCUGUCCAGUUUGACAGUGAAGGCGGGCGAGAGCGCCGUGUUUACAUGUCGGAUAUGCGGACGCCCGCGCCCUAACGUCACAUGGACGUUUAACAACAACAUUUCUGUGGUACCGGACCACCGAACAAUCACGUUACUCUGCAGGUAUUUGGACGAGCAAACAAGUUUAAUAAUCAGUUGUGUGACAGCGGCAGACAGCGUGGAGUACACAUGCGUUGCCAAUAGCGACAUUGUCGGAGUCGUCACCAGGGCGACACUCACAGUGCUGAACCUCCCCGACCCUCCCUCCAAACCAGACAUGAAGACGCAGGUGGGAACUUCCGUCCACCUGGAGUGGCGCCCGCCUUCCACCGUAUCCUGUGCACAAAAACAGGGUAACACAACAUUGUUUAAUGAGGUCGGUCUGGAUUACUGGCAGGCUGGGAUUCCCUACGUGUCCUCCACCUCCAAGGUGAUAGGAGACCUCUCCCCCAGGGCCAUAUACAAGUUUAGGGUUCGAGCCAAUAACACAAUCGGUAUGAGCGAGCCCAGCAUCACCUACGACUUCGUCGCCAUACCAACUGAGUCGGAACUGACUGAGAACGCUGACGGCAACUUUACCACGUGGAUAUCCACAUAUGAGAAUGACUUCACUGAACUCGAGGAGCUGGAAAGGGGUCGGUUCUCAAUUGUUAAGAAAACGUCUCAGAACUGCUCCGGCCAACAUUUUGCCGCCAAAUACAUAAAGAAGCGCGGCACGUGCAAGGCGCUCGUGGAGACCGAAUACAACACCGUACAGAGUCUGCAGCAUCCGGGCAUCGUCCGCGUGCAUGACUUGUACGAAACGCCUGACCACUAUCUUCUGAUAAUGCAGCUGCUUCCACAGGGCCGGUUGUUUGAAUACAUCUGCACUACCUCCCACUUUGACGAGCUGCACGCUGCGGACUUUACCAACCAGCUUCUGGAGGCAAUACAGUACCUACAUAACUGCAGGAUUGCUCACUUAGAUAUUAAGCCGGAGAACCUGCUACUAGACAUCAGCAACUCGGUUGCAAUGGUGAAGCUGACGGACUUCGGUGACGCUCGGCACAUCUACAACAACUACUAUGUGCACGCGGCUUCCGGUGACCCAGAGUUCCUCGCACCGGAAAUAGUCGCCGGCACGCCCGUCGGUCUUCUGUCAGAUAUAUGGGCGGUGGGUGUGGUACUGUACGUCAUGCUGAGCGGCGUGUCCCCGUUUUUAGACGAAAGCGAAGAAGAAACUUGCUCGAACAUUCUGAGGACCGACUUUUGCUUUCCCAACGAGUUCUUCGCCGGCGUCACAGCUGAGGCAAAGGAGUUUAUAAAGACGCUGCUUGUAGAUGACAUGGGAAAGCGGCCCACCGCGCAUACGUGUCUUGACUCCGCCUGGCUGAAGAGGGCGGCGCUUCACAGAAGCAACCAGAUUAGGCCCCGCCCUAUCUCCACCGCCCGUCUUGCUCAUUUCCUGGACAGAAGGCGACACCUGGUUUUGGCCACAUCUUGAUAAGAAGCGACGUUGGUGCAUCUGACGAAAGACAUAUAUCUCAAUUCUUUAUAAUGACUUUUGUGUGUAUAUAAGGUGUCUUUCAGCAGCCUUUUCUCACCUAUCGUGUUACCUCAACAUGUAUAAGACCAGGUCCCAGUGACUCGAACAUACUCAAGUAAUUUAUCUUUACUCAACUCGAUUUCGUUACAACCUAACAGCGAAACAUGGGUAAAACAAUGAAAUGUUUUUACUCUGUCAGAAUCAAAUUUAUGGAUUAUAUUUACUGUAUAUAGACUUGUUUGGAGAAACAGAAAUGCACAAAAUAUGUUUAAGGGCUAGAAAUGAUAUUGCCAAUGAGUAAUAACUCAAACAUUUAAAGCUGUACUCAACUGUUACAGAUUGUUCUUCAUUAAUAAUGAAGUUAUAAAAGAAAAUACUCGCACAAUUAAAAUAAUUAAUAAAGCAAUUAUAUGGAAUAACUAGAUUGUAUUUGAUUUUGGUUCACAUUAUACUCGUUUUUUUUAAAAAGCUUGAGAAUUUUCAAGAAACUGGGGCUAGAUUUGUGUAUAUUCUUCAAACCAUACUGAACCCCUUAAGUGAAGCUAAAAUCCGUUUAUAAUUCCAAUUGUUCGAGCUGUAGGUGCUUCAGUGCUUGUGUAUACAUUCAAUGACUCGGAUUGUUAGUGCAGGCCCGAAAAUCUAAUAAUUUGUAAUAGUUAAUGGGAAGUCUUUCGAAUACGGCCUAGCUUUUAAAGUUUAAAUGAAUUAUAACAAGGCACAUGCACUCAUAGCAAAUGUUGACUGAAGAAAGACUCUCUUUAAAGAGACGCCCAUACGCUAAGCCUUCUUGUCAUACUUCUGGUAUUAAACACCCAAAUUAAUUUAUUGCGCCGAUUAUUUCCUUUGUACUGAACAUUUUGCAAUUAAGUUUCAAACACGCCCAAGCCUAUUACUCCCUAAUUUAACCAUGGGCUUACAAUCAUUCAUUUGAUUUAUUUAUAAAUUGUGUUUGCAUGAGGCUCUGAUUCACGUAUCUGAUAUACAAUAAUGUGACUUUUAAAUAUCUGCUGGACCCAUAUUAUAUUGGUAUUAUCCGAAAAAGGUUUAAAGGGACUAGACACAAGAUGAUACAAUUGCAUGAAAAAAA